GAGAGAGAGAGAGGAUAAGGCCAGCAUCAUCUGAUAAGGAAGGAGGAGGAAGGAGCAGAAGAUGGCUUCAACGAGCAGCAGCAUGAACGCCCUCUUGCCCUCGAAUUUCACGGCUACUCGACUCCAUUUCUCUCCCAGAAACACCAGACCAUACUUGCCCCAAUCUUCUUUUUCUAGUAAAAGAAAGCUUUUGAUCACUCGAAGCCUCCAUCAAGAGAAACCCAAUUCCAAGAAUCUUAUGAACAUACCCUCCCAGGCCGCUUUGGCUGCCGUAAUUUUCACAUCAAUUUCGCAAGGCAUUCCUCCUGCCCUCGCUAUUGAUAAUAACAACAGCUUCCCAUCUUCUUCUUCUUCGUCUCCUCCACCGGUACUUGAAGUUGAAGUUGCAAAACCCAACGCCUCUCCAUCGUCUCCCUUCUCUCAGAACCUUAACCUCACUGCCCCCAAACCUCAAACCCAGUCAACCUCUGAUCUCCCCGACGGUACUCAAUGGCGCUACAGCGAAUUCCUGAAUGCGGUCAAGAAGGGCAAAGUCGAACGUGUCCGGUUCAGCAAAGACGGAAGCACCCUCCAGCUCUCCGCCGUUGACGGUCGCCGUGCCACCGUCACCGUCCCCAAUGACCCUGAUCUCAUCGACAUCCUUGCCAUGAACAGCGUUGACAUCUCCGUGUCUGAAGGAGACUCUGGCAAUGGCCUCUUCAAUUUCAUUGGGAAUCUCUUGUUCCCCUUCCUCGCCUUUGCCGGAUUGUUCUUCCUGUUCCGCAGAGCCCAGGGAGGCCCUGGUGGACCUGGCGGGCUCGGCGGUCCCAUGGAUUUUGGCCGUUCCAAAUCCAAAUUCCAGGAAGUUCCUGAGACCGGAGUCACUUUUGCCGACGUCGCUGGUGCCGACCAGGCGAAACUGGAAUUGCAGGAGGUGGUCGAUUUCUUAAAGAAUCCAGACAAGUAUACCGCUCUCGGAGCCAAAAUCCCCAAAGGUUGUCUCUUGGUGGGACCUCCUGGUACCGGAAAGACACUCUUGGCCAGGGCCGUUGCAGGAGAAGCUGGGGUGCCUUUCUUCUCAUGUGCGGCAUCGGAGUUCGUGGAGCUAUUUGUGGGUGUUGGGGCGUCGAGGGUUCGGGAUCUGUUCGAGAAGGCAAAGUCGAAGGCCCCCUGCAUUGUGUUUAUUGAUGAGAUCGACGCAGUGGGGAGGCAGCGUGGGGCUGGGCUCGGUGGUGGGAACGAUGAGAGGGAGCAGACCAUUAACCAGCUGUUGACAGAGAUGGACGGCUUCUCCGGCAACAGCGGCGUAAUCGUGCUUGCUGCGACCAACAGGCCUGAUGUUCUUGAUGCAGCUUUGCUAAGGCCAGGAAGGUUCGACCGCCAGGUCACCGUGGACAGACCUGAUGUGGCUGGUAGAGUUAAGAUCCUUCAGGUGCACUCCAGAGGAAAGGCACUUGCAAAAGAUGUAGAUUUUGAGAAGAUUGCAAGGAGGACCCCUGGAUUUACUGGAGCAGACUUGCAAAACCUUAUGAAUGAAGCAGCCAUUCUUGCAGCCAGGCGUGACCUCAAGGAAAUAAGCAAAGACGAGAUAUCCGAUGCACUGGAAAGAAUAAUUGCUGGGCCUGAGAAGAAGAAUGCAGUAGUUUCAGAAGAGAAAAAGAAGUUGGUAGCUUAUCAUGAGGCUGGGCAUGCUCUAGUUGGUGCACUUAUGCCUGAGUACGAUCCAGUUGCCAAGAUCUCCAUUAUCCCUCGUGGCCAAGCUGGAGGACUUACCUUUUUCGCUCCAAGUGAGGAGAGGCUCGAGUCUGGACUGUACAGCAGAAGCUACCUGGAGAAUCAAAUGGCUGUUGCGCUAGGUGGAAGGGUGGCCGAAGAGGUCAUAUUUGGGCAAGAGAACGUUACAACUGGAGCAUCAAACGAUUUCAUGCAGGUUUCAAGGGUGGCAAGGCAGAUGGUCGAGAGAUUUGGAUUCAGCAAAAAGAUUGGCCAGGUUGCUAUUGGUGGACCUGGUGGUAAUCCCUUCCUUGGUCAGCAGAUGUCUUCCCAAAAAGAUUACUCUAUGGCGACUGCAGAUGUAGUGGACGCAGAAGUGAGAGAGCUGGUCGAGAAAGCAUAUUCAAGGGCCAAACAGAUCAUCACAACCCACAUUGACAUUCUUCACAAACUUGCGCAGCUUCUCAUAGAGAAGGAAAGUGUGGAUGGGGAAGAGUUCAUGAGCUUAUUUAUUGAUGGCAAGGCCGAGUUAUACGUUGCUUAACUCACCAAUCACUUAAUGGUCUGCUAGAAAAAUCCUGUUGUAUUAUAUAUUCCAUGAUAUACACAUCUUAAACCAGAUAAAUGUCUUACAAAGAAAAAUUAACAAUUGGAGAAAAGAGCACAUGCAUUGAUA